UAAGAAAUAGAGAAAAAAAAGUAAUAGUAAAUCAAAGUGUGAAACAAACAUCACGUGGAAAUGGUGUUGACUAGGAAAACAAAGAGAACAACAUUGUCAGCUUGGAUUCAAUGCAAACUGUACCUCAGAUGAUAACUGAAUGGCGAAUCACUGUGCCGUCCAAGGAGGCUGUCCCACUGACUAUGCAGCCGUUGUCGUUUCCGUUGCCUCCUUAAUUCUGCUUCUGGUAUGGUCAAUAUUUCCCUUCAUAGUUCACAAGGUUCCUCGUACUAAAGGAAGUGGUUUUUGGAUACCUGUAAUUCAAGUUGUUGCUAGCUUCAACCUUCUUUUAUCAAUUAUGAUGUCAAACCGUUUCUUGAAAUUUGAAAAGAGGCAUUGGAUGUCAUGCUAUUUGUGGGCAGUUUGGGGUGAAGGUCCACUAGGAUUUGGUUUGCUGUUGAGCUGCCGCAUAACACAAGCAUUUCAGUUAUAUUUUAUCUUUGUCAAGAGGCGUUUACCACUGAUCCGAUCAUUCUUUUUAAUUCCACUUAUUCUAUUUCCCUGGAUUGUUGGUGCUGCUGUUAUCCAUAUAAAGAAGCCUCUUAACAAUCGCUGCCACAUGUCGGCUCAGUGGACCAUACCAGUUGUUUGCCUUCAUUCAUUAUAUGUUGCGACUUUGGUUGGGGUAACUGCUGCUGUUCAUCAUAUAGAGUUCAGGUUUGAUGAACUCAGAGACCUUUGGAGAGGAAUACUUGUAUCAUCCGUAUCCUCUAUUGCUCCUUGAUUCACCAUGCGAGUUUUUGUUAGAACAAGAAAUGUUCUGAUCAAUAUUCUUAGUUUUGAUGAUAACAUUAAAUAUGAAUUUUGUAUAAGACAAUGUGGUACUCUAAUCCUUUACGUUUUCCAUUACAGGAAAAGUAUAAAAGAGUAUGCAUAAAUCGGCGUUCAGAAGCACUGACCCAGAAGUUCUGGAUGGCUUCAUCAGAACAUGGCCUGGUAAGACAUCAGAAGAUGGUCCUGCAGAAUCAGAACAUGAACUGGAAAGCAACAGAAGAUGGUAGCAGAAGUACAAGCUCUGAAACUCUGAUGGUAUCACGCUCAAAGCACUUCAAAGUCUGAAGACAGUAGUUGCUCUACACCAAAGUUGAAGACUCUGAUAUUCAAAGGUUGUUAUCUACAAAAUCUGAGUCCAGAAGAAAGUACAAGAUGAAAGGCUAUAACGUUAAUUCUCUGACUGAUAAAAGGAACGUUAGAAGCUACAAAAGGCAAAGUCAGUAAAAGCAGCAAAAGCAUGGCUCGAGGUAGUUGACAAAAGUGUGAAACAUUAAAUGCAGCGUUGUACUAUUCACGCAAAGCAUUAAAUGCUCCCAACGGUCAUUUCCUCUCAACGCCUAUAUAUAGUAGUUCCAUUCAGAAGCAGCAUACAACACUUUGCACAAACAUACCAAAACGCUGUCAAACUGAAAAGCAAAAAGAACUUCAUCUUCAACCUCAGAACUUUGUAAUAUCCUAGUGAGUGUUAAGAACUAGAACUUAAGAGAAAUAUCACUUUGUGAUUACAGCUUUAUUAGAAGAAAUUUAUACUCUUGUAAACAUUUAUUUUUACAUUGAUUGUAAAAGGAAUUCCUAGAGUGAUCAAGUUGUGAUAUGUAGACUCUAGAAGACUUAGAGGGUAUCUAAGUGGAAAACCAUUGUAAUCAGUUGGAUUAGUGGAUUAAAUCCUCAGUUGAGGUAAAUCACUCUAAAGGGGUGGACUGGAGUAGUUUGGUUAACAACGAACCAGGAUAAAAAUCAUUGUGUUGAUUAUUUUUAUCUUCCAAGUUUUUGAGUUACACUUAUUCAAUCCCCCCUUUCUAAGUGUUUUUCUAUCCUUCAAUUAGCAUCAGAGCGCCGGUUCUAAGUGCAAGCACUUAACCGUGUUAGACAAAAGAUUCAGGGAGAAAAACACAAAAUGGUUGAUACAAUUCCAACUCCUACUCCUGAGCAAAACAACAAUGGUAACAAUGGAAGCAGUAGCUUCAAUGGUUACAAUAGACCACCAGUCUUUGAUGGAGAAAAUUUUGAGUAUUGGAAAGAUAGACUUGAAAGUUAUUUACUAUGUCAA